AUGCCCGAAGACGAAGCCGCCAAAGCCGAACGGCUCGCAGCCGCAAAGAAACGAAUCGAAGCGCUCAAAAAGAAAAAAGGCAAAAAGGCCAAACCCGACUCCCCCUCCCCCUCCAGCAGCCGCCCCGGCACCCCCGACGUCCCCGACGACACCCCCGCCCCUGCCUCCACCAGCACACCCCCCCCACCAUCCGACUCCCCCGCCUCCCCCUCCUCCGAGACGGACCAGUCCACGCCCCUCCCCGGCACCUCGCUGCACACGCGGCGCAUCUCCACCUCGCUGCGACGGCCGUCAAUCACCGGCGCUGAGAUCCGCAAGAGCCCACUGUCGCCGACGGACCUGCCGGACCUGUAUCGCAAGCAGGCGACGACCAUCUCGGAGCUUACGGAGGCGGUGGAGCGCCAUGAGGCAGAGAUUGAGAGGCUGAAGGGCGAGGCGAAAAGGCUGGGGGAUGCGGAGGUGGAGAGGGAUGAGGCCGUGCAGGUGCUGGCGGGGGUGAAGACGAGGCUGAAGGAGGUGGAGGAGAGGGCGGAGGCGGACAAGGUGAAGGGGACGGAGGCGGAGGGACAGCUGGAGAAGCUGAAAAACGAAGUCGCAGACUUGACGCGCCAGACGUCGCACCUAACCUCGCAGCUGUCCAACAAAGACAAGCAGAUCGCCGACCUCAAGCUCCAAUCCUCCACCUCCUCCACCACCCAGGACAAAGAAUCCCUCACCGCAAAAGAGGAGCAGAUCGAAACUAUGGAAAUGGAGAUCUCCAAGCUGCGCGGCGACCUCGACCGCGCCAUAAAGUCCCUCACCGACUCGCAGUCCAACCUCAUCACCACAACAACAACCCUCACAACCAUCGAAUCCACCGUCGAAUCCCUCACCGCCGAACUCACCACCGCCAAAUCAACCCUCGAGUCCACCGCCGCCCUCCUAACCACCGAAACCGAAGCGCGGAAAACCGCAGAGGCCGCAGCAGCAUCCGCAAAGGCCUCCCUCGCCUCCGAGUCCGCCGCGAUGAAAACCCAGGCCGCCACACUAGCAACUCUGGAGAAGGACUACGCAACGCUGAAAACAAUGUACCGCGACACCGACACGCGCAACCGCGAGUCCCUCGCCGAGCUCAGCGAGCUCCGCAAGCGCGUAUCGGAGCUCGAAGCCGAGAACACCCGGCUGCGCUCGCAGCCGCGGGGCAACGGAAAAGACGACGAGGACGUCGACGAGAUUGAGGACGCCGAGCGGCGGCGGCUGCAGAAGCGCGUGCAGACGCUUGAGCGCGACCUGCAGGCGCGCAGCGGCGGGGGCGGGGGCGGCGGUGGGUUCCAGACCGUUGAUCUCGGGGCCGGGGACAGCGGCGGCGGCGGCGGCGGGUAUGCGGCGCAGCAGCAGCAGUGGCAGCAGCAGCAGAUGCAGGCCGAGGAGGAGCGGCGGCGCAUGGAGAUGGAGCGGCUGGAGAGGGUGCGGGAGGUCAAGCGGGGGCUGGAGCAGUGGAGGGGGUGGAGGAUGGAUUUGGCGAGUAUGGGCGGGCCCGGGGUGGGGAUGGUGUUUGAUGUGUAG